UAACAAUAAUGUUCAAAGUCUAGAUGAUACAUUUUUUUAUUGCCUGGUUAGAUCUGCAAUGAAUUUCGUUUAUCUCAAUGAAAAACAGAGCUAGCUAGCAAGUAAAAGUCAACAUCUUUUAACCGGCUGGCAGGAGAUCAGGAUCGGAACUUGGUCGUAGUCAUCGGAGAGAGAUGAACAUCGAUGAGAUAGUACAUCCGGGCCACAAUCAUCCCUUAAGCUUGUGUUCAAACGUAGGAUUCACAUCAAUUAGGGACAAAGAAAAUGCAAAAUGCCAUGGCUGCAACUGCUUCUUGGUAAGCAAGAGAAACCCUUUCCAUACCUACUUAUAUGAAUGCAAAAUACAAGGAUGUAAGUAUUUCCUAGACUUGCACUGUGCCAAUUUGAAAGAUCUAUCUCACAUAAUCCACCCUCUACACCCACAACACCCCAUCACUCCCCACUUUGACUUUCCAAAUGACCGUGAAAAGCUUAGAGAAUUUGCAUGCAGCUUCUGUCAAGAAAUCAAAACAUCAGGCUUCUUCUAUCAUUGUGAUGAGUGUGAUUUCUACCUAGAUAUUGUUUGCUCGCUCUAUUUUGAACGAAACCCUGUUUUACUAAGAAAAUAUGAGUUCGAAUUCCUUGAUGAUUAUGAAAAGCAUUUCUUGUCUCCUCAUGUAAUACCCCAAACUAGUUCUUUGAUUGAAUGUGUAGAAUGUGAGGAGGAAAUACCAUAUGGAGCUAGAGCCUUCAAAUGCACUGACUGCAGCAACUCAUUAUGUUCAUUCUAUCUCCACCCUCAUUGUGUACGAAAGCCGAAAGAGACGGAAUAUCCUUUCCAUCCAAAUCACCCUCUUACUACCCUUCUACAGAUGCCACCGAUUGAUGAGUCCGAAAAGCUCCAAUGCAUUGCAUGUUGCAGGCGGAUCGAUAAUGUAUUCCUCCUCCACUGCACCGAAUCCGAGUGUUCCAAUAUUAAUCUUGACAUUGGAUGUGUUUUUCGAAAGCCCGCCGUCAAAUACCAACGCCACGAUCAUCCCCUUGUGUAUUUUGAGAAGAUUUAUCUCCAUGGUGCUCGUUGCUCUGUCUGCAAUCUCCUCUGCGAUGAAAAUCUGUUUCGGUGUUACGCAUGCAAUUUUAAUAUUCACCCUGAAUGUCUUUUGAAGCCACUUAAGAUUAUCUUUGAUGAUCAUGUUCAUCCUCUGACUCUUACUAGCUUAUUGAUUGAAAAAGAAGAACAGAAUGGAUAUUAUUGUGAUAAUUGUGAUGAGAUAACAGACCCUCUUGCAGAUGUUUAUUGGUGUAAACAUGAAAAUUGUUGGUUCGGUGCCCAUAUUGACUGCAUUCCUCAGGAAAGAAUUACAGAAGUGGUUGAGGCUUCCUCACCUCAAAUUUUAGAAGAAAACUUGGCCGCAUCAUUGACCAAGUUAAUGCUUAGAGAUUGAGGAAGCUGGAGACUCUUCAACGGUGGCAGAGAGUUGUUUCAGUUAAGAGAUCGAUUGUUAGACUAUUGAAAAAAUAGUUCUUUAAUUUUGUACGAAGAACAGCUGGGAAAAGCCUGUAGAAGGAGUGCAGUUAAUAAAUAUGUAUGUAUAUGUAGCAUUAUACAAAAUUAGAGAUUUCAGGGAUUAAACCUGCUAUUUUGCACAAUUUGUGUUGCAUUAGAAUUCAAUUGUCUAGCUUCUCUGUUCAUUUGAUUAAUUUCAUUAAAUUUAG